AAAUAUUCUCUCUCUAAAAGAUUUGCUCUGACUUCUCUCUUCCAUGGCAAUGUCCCCAAAUCCAAGACCAUCUGCUCAAGAAAACGAUCUCUUGUGUAGAUCAAUCAAGAGAAUUAAAGGUGAUGAAUACCCUCCAAUUGUAGAGGAGUACCAGAUGGUUGAGCCUGCGGUGCAGCCACUUUCCUACAAAAAUCUAGUUAUGAGAUCGGAACUGCCAAUUGAAAUUAGCUGCGAUGUAUCCUCUAAUCUGGGUUAUCUAGAGGAAGAAUCUGACAUGGAAGAUGAUGGUUCUAUACCGACUCUUCUCAUUUCCAAAGAAGAGAAAAGGCGAAUCUGUUCUUUGUGGAUGAAUUCCAUAAUUAUCAAAGCUUUUGGUACUGAUGUUGCUGGGUAUAACUUCAUCUACCCAAGAAUUAAGGCACAGUGGAAACCCAAAGGCCAUAUAGAUUGCAUCGAUUUGGGGUUGGAUUUCUUCCUCAUUCGAUUCCAAGAGCGAGAGAACCUCUUGAAGCCAGUUUCGGGUUCUGCUCAUCAUCUUCUUUCCCGUCCCCCGCAGCUUCCCCCUAAGCCACCGACUUCCUCUUCCUUUGAAAACGGGUAAAAAGGCUUGAAAUUUCUCCUUCUUGCUUGUUCAAUCACAAGAUGUGGGGCUUAGAACUCUCCCUAAAGCCAAACUUUUUCAGAUCUGCAGCUCUUCCAUCCCUGUCCGUGACUUGCUCUUGGUUGGGUGAGAAUGAAUCUUCGGUUUUAGGAAGCGAAAUCGAGGACAGGGAAACCAAAGGGAGUGACGAGGUAGAAGGCUAGCCAUUUCUAAUCGGAUAUAAGUUUUAGAUUUUAUCAUCCUUUUGUAAGGUAAAUUUUAUUCUUGAGAUUUUGUGUAUGAUUAAGUUUCAAG